AUGACUGAAGUUAUUCAUCGUAUAACAGAACUCACACAUUUACGUAUUUCAUGGUUGGGUUGUUCUGAUGAUGAUGCAUCAAAUCGUCUUAAUCAUCGUCAUACAGUUUUUAUGUUACUUAUUUUUUCAGCUAUUAUUACUUCACGUUUAUUUAUAUCUAAUUUAAUUAUUUGUUGGACACCUGGUGAAUUUACAGGUAAUUUUGUUUCAUAUACUCAACAAUAUUGUUAUGUAACAAAUACUUAUUAUAUAUCAAUGAAUGAAACUAUUCCAACAUUAAAUAAUUCUCAUAUAAGACGUCGACGUUCUAUUUAUUAUUAUCAAUGGAUACCAUUAUUACUUGCAUUUCAAUCAUUAUUAUUUCUUAUUCCACGUUUAAUUUGGAGUAAUUUUAAUUCUCGAUGUGGAAUUAAUAUUCAACAUUGUUUAUCACCAAUAUUUGAUUAUCGUACAAAUCGUUAUAAAGUUCAUCAUAUAACAUCAAUGCUUAAUUUAUUAGCACGUUCUAAACAAUAUGAUUUUAAUCGUAUGACAUCAAAUGGUACAAAAAAUUCAAAAAAUUUAUCAUCAAAUCGAUCAAAUAUAUAUCAAUUUUUAAAUAUAUUUUGUAUUCCAUUUAUAUUUUAUAAUACAAGUUCUUUUCGUGGUUAUUAUUUAGUUAAUUUAUUUCUUAUUGUUAAAAUACUUUUUCUUAUUAAUUCAUCAUUACAAUUAUUUUUUUUAAAUACAUUAUUAACAAAGAAUUCCAUUUUUUAUGGUCUUGAAGUACUUGAAAAUUUUCGUCGUGGUGAAUAUGUUAUUGGUACAAAAAUAUUUCCAUUAAGUGUUUAUUGUGAUUUUAAUGUUGUUAAAAUUGGUCAACCAACACUUUAUACAGUUCAAUGUUUAUUACCCAUGAAUGUAUUUAAUGAAAAAAUUUUUACUAUUAUUUGGUUUUGGUUAGUUUUUUUAACAAUAGUAAAUUUAAAAAGUGUUUUAUUAACAAUAAUUCGUAAUAGUUCUCGUCAUUUUAAUUAUGCUUAUAUAGCAAAUUAUUUAAAUUUAUAUUCAAAAAAAGAACGUUUUAAACGACAAUUUCUUGUUAAACAUUUUAUAUUUGAUUAUUUAUCAGGUGAUGGUGUUUUAAUAUUAAGAUUAAUAUCAGAAAAUAUAAGUGAUUUAUUAACAAGUGAAGUUGUUAAUGAACUUUGGAAUGAAUAUAAAAAACUUUCAAAUUUAUCAACAAGAAGUCGUGAAAAAUAUCUUUCAAAUCAACAAAUAAAAACUCUUCAAGUCACAACAACAACAAAUCAAACUCCUGCACAAAUAACAACAACAGCAACAAGAGAUAUUCAUUAUCGUUAUGCAUUCAGAUAG